AUGACUGACCGACUUUUCUUGGCCAACCUCAAUGCGAUUGAGGAUCCUCAACAUACCGAGCCUUCGCCCGACAACGAUGAUCUAUCCAUCUUCACGAACACGCAGUUCUUCGACUUUGACAUGGGCUGCUCCACCGACAUUGCUGCUUCUGUGGACGACAUGAUUGUCGAGCAGGAGAAGUACCUACAGAAGAUCCAGCAGCAGCAGGCACACCAGCAGCAGCAGCAACAGCAGCAUCAGCAGCAGAACCAGGCCUUCCAGCCUCAGCCUGCAUCGUCGUCUCGAUCUCAGUAUGAUUCUCUCAAGAACCCCGGAGGAGAGGCCAACAACCUGCACAUGGACUUCGACUUCAACGAGUUCUCCAUUCUCGAGCAGCAGCAGCAGCAGACCCGACCUCAGCCCCAGCCCCAGCCCCAACCCCAGUCUCAGCAGCAGCAGCAGCAGCAGCAGCGACCUAUUCUGCAGCCCGUUUCUCAGAAGCCUGCUGGUUACCAAGCUGUCACCUCUCCCCAGUCUACCAUGACCUCUACUGGUGUCGGAACCGCCUCCAUGCCUCCUCCCACCGCUGGACCUACCCAGGAGGAAAUCCAGGCCGCUAUUCUAGCCAACUCACAGCAAGUCAAGAAGCGAAAGCAGUCUUCUGUCGAUGUGUCUCUGGCCUCGACGCCCGCCAAGUCGCCCGAGUACGAGGGUGGUGACUGCAGCAUCAAGGCCGCUGAGGACGACAAGCGACGACGAAACACAGCUGCGUCGGCACGGUUCCGAAUCAAGAAGAAGAUGCGGGAGCAGGAGAUGGAGAAGCAGGCCAAGGACCUGCAAGACAAGGUUUCGUCGCUGGAAGCCAAGAUUCUGUCUCUGGAGAUGGAGAACAAGUGGCUCAAGAACCUCGUGGUGGAGAAGAAUGAUGCCCGAGGAGCCGACGAGCUUCAGAACCUCAAGGACUCUGUCCUCAGAGAGACUACUCCCAUCGCCAAGAUUGAGCAGAUCUAA